AUGUCGGAUCCCGACGGUAUCCAUGAACACUUGACGCAAUGUGACAAGCCGACAAGCCUGGCCCAAGCAGAAGGCACGACACAGACUGGAGAGGACGAUCCGGAGUACCAGGCGGCGCUCAAUCUGUCCGCAGAGAUCGGGCUGAAGGCCACCACGGGCGCGGAGGGCGCAGGCGACGAGCCAUCCUGGCAGCUGCUCGCGGGUGGCGGAGGGCGGCUCUCGAUGGCGGCUGCGGCGGAGCGCCUGCUGGUUGAGUUGCUGGACAGGUUCCAGCUGCACCUGGCCCUAGAGAACUUGACCGCUGGUGCUAGGAUGAGCCUCCUGCUCGAGGAGGACAAGGUGCUGGAGAUGACGCGGGGCCAGAGCUGGUACGACACCAAGUGCAUUAGGGGCAUGGCUGACAUUGACGCCGCGAUCAACAGUUUGCUGGGCUAUCUCAAUGUGCCGCAGAUGCGCCCGACGGUCUCGCGGCUGGUGCGGAGCAUCGCGGCGGGCAAGGUGCGCGAUGCGGCCAAUGUCCAGCUGCAAGGCCUGCUCGCCAACGUGAUCGACUCGGAGUGCAGUCCAAAGUACGGAUUCCAGCUGAUGCCGCUCUUCUACGUUCUCGCCCUCGCUGGCGGUGCGGCCGUGUUGGCCGCCGGCGCCUGCUGGCGCUGGGCGAGGGUGGUCGAGCGUCCGCGCGAAGGUGCCCUGCUUCCACGGGCCAAGGCGGAGGGCCUCCGGCAGCGCGCUGUCGUCCUGCUGGCCCUGGCGUCGGCCUGCCUGCAGCAGUGCGGCCUGCUGGCGAUGCCUCUCAGGAGGCAGCGCUGCGCUUCCGGAGCGGCGACCCGCGCGACGACAUCUUCGCGAACGUGUUCGUCGCCCGCCCUUCGGGCGGGCCUGGCGGCUCGGCAGGGUCGACGGCUUCGUGCUCGUCGCCGCAGUGGCCGUCGUGGUCGGCAUCGCCAGGGCGCUAUGCGCCGCACUGGCGGGCUGUGGCGGGCCGAAGGCGUCGCUGUGGGUGUUCCGCCUCGCGGCCUUCGGGGGCUGGGGCUACGCCCUGACCGCCAUCCUCACCUCUACCCAGGUUGUGGCCUUCCACAUCAGCAUCCUGAGCUUCGGGGAAAGCUCCAUGGAGCUCGGGGCCAUGCUCGGCGUCUGCGUCUAUCCCUGCUCGGGCUCUAUCUCUGCGACGCGGCCACCAUGGUCGUCCUCGGGCGGUGCGGCGCCGACAGGCCCCUGGCAGAGGACGGCACUGCAGCUGGUCAGCACCUCGCCUCAGAAGCUGUCGGUGCUCUUGCUGUUUCUACGGCGCCGCCGAGGGGCGCGAUGGCGGUAGGCCUGGCGGGGCUGCUUGCGAUGGCGCUCGUUGUGCCCUGGAUCACGCUGUGGUCCCAAGAGUGGGGCGGGGUCGUCGGCCAGGUCGCGACGUACCAGAGCCAAGACCUGCAGCGUGACGUGUCCCUGGACCUCCCUGCCGACGUUUUCGCCAACCAGGGCUUCCUGGUCAACCCCGGGCCCCUGGAGCUGGGCGCGCGGGUGAUGCAGCUCUUCGUGCUGCUGCACGUCCUCGCCGCCCCAGCGGCCCACGCCGCCCUCGCCGUCGCCGCUGGGGUGCAGCUACGAGGACGCGGCCCCCUCGAGGAUAGCGCCGGGGAGACGACCAGGCUCCCGUCCAAGCACCUCGUGCGCGGCCUGGAGCUGGCGCGCAUGUGGUCGGCGGCGGACGUCUUCGCGGUCGCCGCCGCGGUGAGUGUGACGGAGCUCGGGAGUGAGCUGGCGAUGAUGCGGCAGCAGAUGUGCAGCACUGUCGAGCUGGUGCUGCCCCCCACCGUGCGUUGCUUCGAGCUGGACGGCCGCGUGAGGCCAGGGCUCGUGCUGCUGCUGGUGUGGGGGCUGGCGUCGAGGCGGCCGUCG